AUGGAGAAAAGCAAAGGCCAUUGCUUGAUCAUGCCGGAUCAGCUUCAAGGCCACAUAAAUCCCAUGCUCCAAUUCAGCACAAAAGGGAGUCAAAAUCACACUCGCCGUCACACGCUACACCUUCAAAUCCAUGCAGGACUUCUCAUGACUAUCUCCGACGGAUACGACGACGGGUGGCGAGGCGACCUCAACGACGACCUUCAGGAGUUCGUGGACCACACGCGACACGUCGGGAUGAAAAUAAUGGAGGAGCUCCUGGAGCGGCUGAGGGGAUCCUGCCGGCCAGUCAACUGCAUGGUCUACGACCCCCUCAUUCCGUGGUGCCUCGAUGUUGCUAAGAAGUUUGGGUUGGUUGGAGUGGAUUUCUUCACUCAAUCGUGUGUGGUGACUAGCAUCUACCACCAUUUGUAUGAGGGGCGAAUUCAGCUGCCGUGUUCGGACGGUGGCGCUGUUCGUCUUGCUGGAUUGCCUGCUAUGGAACCGUCAGACAUGCCGUUGUUCAUGUAUGACGGGUCGUAUCCGUCCGGUUUGAAGCUGAUGUUGGAUCAGUUCGAGAACAUCGCGGAGGCGGAUUGCAUACUGGUCAAUAGCUUCUACGAGCUGGAAACAGAGGAACUGUUCACAAAACCAAUUAGUGAUAGGAUGAGUGAUUCGUUAUGUAUUUUUAAGUUUAAUAGUUACUUGGUGAUCAUGGCAGGCGGAGUGGAUGGCCAGGAUGGGGAAGGUUAG